CUAUACAUACAAAAUAAUACAUUUUGAUAAUAACUUCUUAAAUCUUAACCGGUGACCAUGCCUUCGUGUCACACAGACUGCAUUGAAAAACCGGUGUCAAAUUGGUUUCAUAAACUUGGAGGUUUUGUUGGGAGAAAUCCAUGGUGGUUUCUACUUGUCCCUUUGUUCAUCUCUGCGGGGCUUGGGGCAGGAUUUUACUUCCUUGAAGAGAGAGAGGCACAUGGCAUAGAGGACCAGUUUACCCCAAAGGACGGGCCUGCAAAAAAGGAGAGACAUUUUGUCAAAGAACAUUUUCCUCAGAAUGAUUCAGAGUUCUCUCGUUUGCGGCUGUAUACCGAGGGGAGCUAUGGGUCUUUCAUCGCUGUUUCAAAGUCAUCGGAUAUCUUGAGUGAGAAGGCAUUUGAGGAGAUCAUAUAUUUAGAUGGAAGAGUUAGAGAGAUGGGCAUAGGCCAUGAAAGAUUAACUUAUGAAAACCUUUGUGCCAUGAAAAGUAACAGGUGCUUUUCAAAUUACAUGUUAGAUGUCACUAAUGGCACAGCUAGUACAAUUAAGAAUGCAAACUUGACCUUUCCUUUUCAUAAUUCAAUGUUUUUGGGGACAGAACUUGGUGGAGUAGUUUUGAAUUCAAGUAUCAUCGUUAGUGCAAAGGCUGUUCGACUCUCCUACUUUCUCAGAGAAAACAACAAGGCAGAAAAUGAUAUUUGGCUACAUGGGUUUACACAAGUGUUUUCCAACUUGUCAGAUGAAUUGAACAAGAUUCAAGUUUCAUAUUUCACGUCUAAUUCUAGAGAGGAGGAGUUGAAGGGAAACUCAAAAUCUGUGAUUCCUCUCUUCUCCGUCGCAUACUUCCUGGCCAUAAGUUUUUCCAUGAUAUCUUGCUUGAGGUUGGACUGUGUGAGGAACAAGGUGUGGGUGGCCAGCUUUGGUGCUCUGUCUGCAGGCCUAGCAGUGCUGUCCAGUUUCGGGUUGUUGCUGCUCUGUGGAAUGCCCUUUGCCAUGACUGUUGCAACUGCUCCUUUCUUAAUACUUGGAAUUGGUGUUGACGACAUGUUCAUCAUGAUUUCCUGCUGGCAGCAGACUCAGGUUCAUGACAACGUAGAGGACCGUAUGGCAGCUACAUACAAAGACGCAGCUAUCUCUAUCACCAUCACAACACUAACUGAUGCCCUGGCCUUCUAUAUUGGUCUGUUAACUCCCUUUGGUUCUGUACAAUCCUUUUGUAUGUAUACUGGCACAGCUGUCCUGUUCUGCUACUUGUACAAUAUUACCUUCUUUGGUGCAUUUCUGGCACUGAAUGGAAGACGUGAAAAGGGCAACAGACACUGGCUGACAUGCAUGAAGGUUCCAGAACCAGAGGAUAGUCCUGAAAAGUACAAUAUCUGCUGUGUAGGAGGGGCAUAUGACCAGGAAACGGGAAAAGAGGAAGUUAUGCCAAUUAACAACUUCUUAAAGAUGUACUAUGGGCCAUUUCUAACAAAUACUUGGACCAAGGUGUUUGUGAUCCUGCUCUAUGCUGGAUAUUUGGGCUCAAGUAUCUAUGGUUGCUUCCAAAUCCAAGAAGGCAUUGACCUUAAAAACCUAGCAGCCGAUAGCUCAUAUGUGGGUAGCUAUUAUGAUAAUGAGGACCAGUACUUUUCACAGUAUGGUCCAAAUGUAAUGGUUGUUGUGACUGACAGUGAGUUUCAAUAUUGGGACGAAACUGCUCGAAAGCGUCUUGAUACUUGUCUCAGAAGUUUUGAGAGUCUAACGUUGGCUGGUCAAUCAUUGGUUGCUAAAGAUAUGACCCUUUCUUGGCUUAAUGAAUAUGUAAAAGCGGGUGUAGUUUCAAAUCCAAAUAACGAAACCAUUUUCAUGGAUAGUUUACCUACAUUUUUACAACAAUCAGGUUUCACACAAGAUGUGAAUAUUUCAAACAAAGUCAUAAUUGCCUCACGUUUGUUUAUUCAGACAAUCAACGUCAGUACAGCUGUUGAUGAAAAGAACAUGUUGAAUAAGCUUCGAGAGACAGCUAAUGGUUGUCCAGGAAAGUUGGUUGUUUACCACCCUGCUUUCAUAUACUUUGACCAGUAUGCAGUCAUUGUUAGUAAUACCAUCCAAAACAUUGUAGUUGCCACUCUUGCUAUGCUGGUGAUCUCCCUCAUGUUGAUCCCCAACCCCAUAUGUUCUCUGUGGGUGACCUUUGCCAUUGCCUCUGUCAUAGUGGGUGUUGCUGGUUUCAUGGCAUUAUGGGAUGUCAAUCUAGACUCUGUAUCCAUGAUCAAUCUUGUCAUCUGCAUUGGUUUCUCAGUGGAUUUUUCUGCUCACAUUUCCUAUGCUUUUGUCUCUAGCAAAGAGCCGACAGCUAAUAAAAAGGCUGUAGAUGCUGUCUAUCACUUGGGAUAUCCCAUCUUACAGGGAGCUGUGUCUACUAUUUUAGGAGUGGUGGUGCUGUCUGCUGCUGAGAGCUACAUCUUCAGAACCUUCUUUAAGAUCAUGUUCCUGGUGAUUUUGUUUGGGGUACUUCAUGGCAUCGUUUUCAUCCCUGUGUUUCUGACCUUCUUUGGCAUAUGCAAUAUUAAUUGACCAAGAUUCACACACAACACACUAAUCAUGGUUGAAAGGGUUGGUAGAAUAGUAGUUAAAUUGUUUUAAUGAACUGACUUGUUAGCUUACUUAUAAUCUUGCGAUUAUGUCAUACUUUGCUUUUAUGGUAUCAAAAUAUGUAUU